GCGGCGAGCCUCAGUCUCUGUCAAAGAAGCGUGAUUGUGAUAGAACAAAUGUUUUUUUAGUUCUAGAAUUUUGCAGUUCUUAAGCCUUUAAAAAAGUUUCGCUGUACUAAAUAAACUUCUCUUUAACUAAAAAAUGGCACUACACGUUCCAAAAGCGCCAGGCUUCGCCCAGAUGAUGAAAGAAGGAGCACGGUACUAUUCAGGUAUAGAAGAGGCCGUAAUCAGGAAUAUUAAUGCUUGCAAAGAAUUUGCUCACUCCGUCCGAUCAGCUUAUGGACCAAAUGGCAUGAAUAAAAUGGUAAUAAACCACAUUGAAAAACAAUUUGUUACCAGUGAUGCUGCUACUAUCAUUCGAGAACUGGAUGUUGAACACCCUGCUGCGAAACUAAUGAUUUUGGGCAGUGAAAUGCAAGACCAUGAGGUUGGAGAUGGAACGAAUUUUGUUAUAAUCUUAUCAGGAGCUUUGCUGGAAUCUUCCGAAGAACUUAUCCGCCUUGGAGUUACACCAACUGAAGUAGCGGAGGGCUUGGAAAGGGGUCUGGAUAAAUGUCUUGAAAUCCUACCUACCCUAGUGGCCUACACUGUAAAAGACAAGAGGAAUACAGAAGAGGUAAAAAGAGUCAUUAAAUCUUCAAUUAUGGCCAAGCAGUAUGGAAAUGAAGACUUUUUAGCAGACUUAGUUACCAAAGCUUGCAUUUCAAUACUGCCAGAAAAGACCACAUUUAAUGUUGACAAUGUUAGAGUAUGUAAGGUAUUAGGAGGUGGUCUUUAUAAGUCACAAGUUGUUCAAGGCAUGGUCUUUAAGAGACAUGUUGAGGGAGAAAUGACAAGUGCCGAAAAUGCAAAAAUAGCCGUGUUCAGCUGCCCAAUUGACAUUGUACAAACAGAAACAAAGGGUACAGUACUUAUAAAGUCAGCUGAUGAGCUAAUGAAUUUCAGCAGAGGUGAAGAAAACCUUUUGGAAAUCCAAAUAAAAGCCAUAGCAGACACUGGAGCCAAAGUAAUAGUUGCUGGUGCUAAAUUUGGAGAUAUGGCUCUUCACUUUAUCAAUAAAUACAAUAUGAUGGCUGUCAGACUUAAUUCAAAGUUUGACCUCAGACGGCUAAGUAAGGCUGUUGAUGCAACAGUAUUGCCUCGUCUCACUGCUCCAAGUCAAGAGGAACUUGGCUAUUGUGAUUUGGUUUGUGUAGAAGAACUUGGUGACACUCCUAUUGUGGCAUUUAGGCAAAAAAGCACAGAAUCCAGGAUAGCAACUGUUGUUAUUCGAGGGGCUACAGACAACUUCAUGGAUGACAUCGAAAGGGCCAUUGAUGAUGGUGUCAAUACCUUCAAAGGACUUUCAAGAGAUCCCAGAUUUGUACCAGGCGCAGGCGCCACAGAAGCUGAACUAGCAGUGCAACUCCUCAAGUUUGCUGACACCUUGCCUGGGUUGGAACAGUAUGCAGUGAGAAAAUUUGCUACUGCUUUGGAGACUUUUCCCAAAGUUUUGGCUGAAAACAGUGGAUUGAAAUCACAGGUGCUCUUGGACAAGAUCUUGGAAGCUCACCAAACUGGACAAAAAAAUGCUGGGAUUGACAUUGAGUCAGAGGAUAAGAUCUGUGAUGCUGUAGAAAAGAAUAUCCUUGAUCUGUAUCAGGGCAAAUACUGGGGCUUGAAAUAUGCUGUUAAUGCUGCAGCAACAAUUUUGAGGGUGGAUCAAAUAAUUAUGGCAAAACGGGCUGGUGGCCCAAAGGCAAGGCAGCCUCAAGGCAGUGAUGAUGAAUCUUAAGUAUUUUGAUUUAUUUCUAGUGUCUUUCAUUUUAGUUUGUUUACUAUUAAAUACAUUUUCUCACAUUAACUUUUUUGUAAGCAAUAUAUACAUUAAACAUGAGUCUGCUUUAAUAACAUUAUUAAAAAAAUGUUUUUUUACUACCAUUAUAAUCACACAUGCUUUACCUCAUUAAUUGCAUUUAGUCCGUCAUGUUAAAAACUUUUGUGUCUAAUAAAUUAUAUACAUAAAAUAAA